CUGUGUGUGUGUGUGCUGAACUGAGCGGAGGUGAAGAAGAGGAGGAUGAAGCUGGGAGCGGAGGAUGGGAGGAAGAGUGGAGUAAGAUACAGGCUAGCUGUGAGUGAAUGAGUGAGUGAGGAAGAGGAAGAGGAGAGGAAGGUCGUCCGAGGGGCCGAAAACAAAUACUUGGAUUUUUUGGGGAUAACCUCCGGAGCAUUCCUAACGGAAACUUUCAACUUUUUACCCGCCACAGCUCUCGCUCGCGGUGCCCGGAGCCGGCUUUGUUUCUCGGCGGGGGAGUCUACGAUAAAUGAAGGAAUAAAAUAGAUCCCCAUCGACCUUUUUCUACCGGAGCGGGGAAUAUCCCGGGACUUCUUAUCUUACAGUGACGAGAGGAUGGCGGCAAAUAUGUACCGAGUGGGAGAUUAUGUGUACUUUGAGAACUCCUCCAGUAACCCGUACAUGAUCCGCAGAAUAGAAGAGCUCAACAAGACGGCCAAUGGGAACGUGGAGGCGAAGGUGGUGUGUCUGUUCAGGAGGCGAGACAUCUCAGGAAACCUCAACACGCUGGCUGACAGCAACGCCAGAGAGUUCGAGGAGGAGUCGAAGCAGCCGACUCUGGCUGAACCACAGAAACACCAGCUCAAACACAGAGAACUCUUCCUGUCCCGACAGUUCGAAUCCCUCCCUGCUACUCACAUACGGGGGAAAUGUAACGUCACCCUCCUCAAUGAAACAGACGUCCUGGCCGGAUACCUGGACAAAGAGGACUGUUUCUUCUACUCGUUGGUGUUCGACCCGGUCCAGAAGACCCUGCUGGCGGAUCAGGGCGAGAUCCGGGUCGGCUCAAAGUACCAGGCGGAGAUCCCUGACAAGCUAGCAGAGGUUGAGUCAGACACCCGGGUCCAGGAGAAGCUGGAGACCAAAGUGUGGGACCCCGACAACCAGCUCAAGGACCCCCAGAUCGACCAGUUCCUGGUGGUGGCGAGAGCGGUGGGGACGUUCGCUCGCGCUCUGGACUGCAGCAGCUCCAUCCGUCAGCCAAGCCUCCACAUGAGCGCAGCAGCAGCCUCCAGAGACAUCACACUGUUCCACGCCAUGGACACGCUGCAGAAGAACGAUUACGACCUGGCCAAAGCCAUGUCCACGCUGGUCCCUCAGGGGGGGCCGGUCCUCUGCCGGGACGAGAUGGAGGAGUGGAGCGCUUCAGAGGCCAUGCUGUUUGAGGAGGCGCUGGAGAAAUACGGCAAGGACUUCAACGACAUUCGCCAGGACUUUCUGCCCUGGAAGUCUCUGGCCAGUGUGGUCCAGUUUUACUACAUGUGGAAGACGACAGACCGCUACAUCCAGCAGAAACGACUAAAGGCUGCGGAGGCAGACAGUAAACUGAAGCAGGUCUACAUCCCCACAUACACCAAACCCAACCCAAACCAGAUCAUGGUUCCAGGGAGUAAACCGGGAAUGAACGGAGCUCCAGGCUUCCAGAAAGGACUGAGCUGUGAAGGCUGCCACACGGCUCAGUCUCCUCAGUGGUACGCCUGGGGGCCGUCCAACAUGCAGUGCAGACUGUGCGCCUCCUGCUGGAUCUACUGGAAGAAAUACGGAGGCCUGAAGACCCCCACACAGCUAGAGGGCGCCGCUCGAGCUGGCUCUGAGUCAGGCCCCCGCGGUCACAUGACCCGCCAGGAGGUCCAGGGUCUGUCCCCGUUCACCCGUAACGAGGGUCGAGCCAAGCUGCUCGCAAAGAACCGGCAGACGUUCAUCCUGCAGACCACCAAGCUGACACGCAUCGCCCGCCGGGUGUGUGAGGACAUCCUGCAGCCUCGACGCGCUGCACGCCGACCCUACGCCUCCAUCAACGCCAACGCGGUCAAGGCAGAGUGUAUUAUCCGGCUGCCUAAAGCCACAAAAACUCCCGUGAAGAGUAAAGUGAUUCCUCGUCCGUCUCUGGCCGCCAUCGUGAAGGACUUAGCCAUCUCUGCCCCUCUGAAGCUGAAGGCGUCUCGAGGACCGUCGACCCCCAUCAACAGGAACCAGGCCAGCCAGCCACGAGUGGGGCAAAGCCUGCUGGGAAAGAGAGGCUUCGACAGCGCUUCAGGGGCUCCCUUCCCAGCCAAUGGGAGGCCGUACACUUCAGGUAUGAGGACCACCUCUCAGUCGGUCAUCAAGCGGCAGAAGGUUAGCCAGGGGGAAGCUCCAAACCCGGUGGUGUUUGUGGCUACAAAGGACACCAGGGCUCUGAGGAAACACCUGACUCAGUCUGAGAUGCGUCGGGCAGCGAGGAAGCCUCACCUUCUGGUCCGGAUCAAGCUGCCCCCUCCUCCCCGUUCCCUGGCCAUGCCCCUGAUCCCCUCCAGCACCAGCGAGCCAAUCGUCCUGGAGGACUGAGGAGGAGAGACGGGAGGGGGGGCGGGGCUUUCAGCAGGACACGGGGUUUGGGGGGAGGGGUCUGUGCUCAGGCCGUCACAUAACAGGCAGCACAGCACGCCAUAACUGUAGUCUUUCUUUCCUUUUUCAGCGUCAUUUUACUUUAGUCCUCUGUUACCUCCCAGGUUGUCCCACAAACAAACACCUAAAAACACACACAAGCACUUAGACAACGACACAUUUACACACACACACACACACACACACACACACACACACACACACACA